AUGCAACAGAAGACCCAUAGUAGGGGGCCCUCUCCGGGGGGGGUGCCCAGAGGGGGCCCCCCUCUUUCAAGACAGUGCACGACAGAGUUCACAGAGGUUGAGACCAACCUAGGCAGGGAAAGCGACCUGUGGUCCGUCAGCACCGCCCCUGAUAUAUCUUCUGCCUCUGAGGGCUUGGCCAAGAAUUUGGGCUUUGCAGCGGCCGAGCUGAAUAAGGAGGUGGAAGGCCUGCUUCUGGGCAUGCAGCGAUACCACCUCGCAGCUAAUACUAUCGUAGGGGGCAUGGACCUUGGCGCGAUGGCGGAGGCGCUUACAGAGCGAACUGCAGAGGCGGUGAAGCAGCAACAACAGCGGUUGCGAGAGAAGGCUCGGUUUGAGCUGCAGCUUGCUAAAGCGAAGACCCGCAGUCAACAGCUCGAGGCCAAAGAGAAGGAGGCAGCGAGUCAGCUUGCUCAGAAGGAGCAGACCAUCAUCAAGCUGCAAGCACACCUGCGCGCUGCUCAGCAGCGCGCGACAGAUGCAUCUGCCUCAGCUGCAAUGAGGUUAGAGCUUGAGGAAAAGCUUAUCGGGAUGCGGGCUGUAGGGACCGUCACCCUUCCGGCGCUUAGCGAGUGGCUUCGGCUCAACCUGCAGGCAUGGAAGGCUCUCCAGGCACCUUUGAGGGGUUUUUAUUUACCGGAGAAGGCAACGGGGAAGGUCGUGCAACAACUCAAAGAUAAGUUCGAUCGGGAGAAGGCAUUCAUCUCCCAAGCGCUUAGGGCCAUACAACACGAGACCUUACGAGUUGUCAAGCAGAUUUGCGAGACGCCGUGGAAGUUCGAUGAGCUACGUAAGGAGAAGGAAGCCGUAGAAGCUGCAGCGGCAGCGGCGGCAGAAGAGGCGGCCCGCGCCGCAGAGAAGCAAGCAAACCAAGCAGCUGCUGAGGGAAUGGCCCUUGCUGCGGAAGUACGGAAUCUGCGACAGAAGCUCCAGGCCACGCAGCGCGAGCUGGAAAGCACAGUGAAGGAGAGGGACCGAGAAGCAGAGGCUACGAAACACCUGCAUAAUUUGGAGGCGGAAGUGGAGAGGCUUUCUGUCUACGCGGAGGAGAAGCAGCACGAGAUCCAGCAGCUCAGACAAGACAAUAUGGCUCUGGCGCAGUCCCUUAGCGUUGCCCGUGAACAUCUUACGGAGGCCCGUUGCUCUCCGGGGUCCAUGCAGGAGCUGGAGGCCCUUCUGAAGCAGCAAGCAGAAACUAUCGAACGGGCUAUGAUAUCCAGGGCUCCUUCUCGCUUUGUAGUCAGGCGCAAGCUUACGCACGGCAGUCGUAUGAGGCUGCUGCGGUCCCUCCGCAGUAGAAAGGCAGCAUCCCUAUUUGCUUUGGAAAAGUGCAAAAGCAAAACUGGCAGCCGUACAAGCCGCAGCGGGGGCAGCAGCAAUGCUACAAAUGCGUAUGCGGAGGGGUCUCUGCAAGACACACACAAGGGGCACUCGCAGGGAGCGAUGACGGAGCGUAGCGUCACCCCGAGCAGCCAGCUGCUCUCGGAGUUGGACAGUCUUCUUUCGUCUGCGUUCGAAGGGUUGCGGCAGGUUGAGAUGUUGCAGCGGCGCACCACUACGGAGGCAACAGCAACAACACCCCGGCCUCGGUCGGCACAGACCGGCGAGGCGGCACAUCUCCAACUUCAGUACCUUGAAAGCAUCCUGCAGGGCAUCGCAGAGACAGCUCAGAGGCUAUCGCUUCACAUAGGCGGUGUCUAUGCAGAGCGCCAGAUAGGACAAAAUGAUUUACUGCACAGAUUGCCGUCUACGGGAGAAGUAUCAGAUAUUGCGAGGGUCGAGGCCCGCAUUCAAGAAGCCUCUUCUGUUCUGAAGGCUGUAGAAUCGGCUUUGCAGAUGCCCGCAGAUGCACAACAAAUGGCGUGGUCUUUAAAGGGUGAAGCGAAGUCCCUGGCAUCGGACCUUCAGCAACAACUAAAAGAGAAACAUCUUCUCGAAACAGAAAACGAAGGACUGCAGCAAGCAGCGGCCUUGGAAAAUGCUCUUGGCCAGCUUCAGCAGCAGGUGCAGCGGCUACAGCAGCAGCAAGAGGAAGCGACGCAGCUGCGGGUGGCGCUGCCCGCUGCCGCCGGCGCAGACAGGGCACUGUUGGAAGCCAAAGAAACGGAGCGUCGGAUUCAGGAGAUGCACUUUCAAAAUGAGCUGCACAAGGAGCGCGUGGCACACGCAGACGCCAUCAUGCAGCUGGAGCUUGCCCACGAGAGCCAGAUUAGCGGGCUGGAGAAUCAGCACAAGAUACAGCUUGCAGAAGCUCAACUGGAGGCCUCUAAAGCCCUGAGAGCAUUGGAGGCAGAGCUCAACAGAGUCAAUGACGCGAAAACUAGGCAGGAAAGGACUGCUGCUGAAGCAUCGACAACAGUUGUUUUCCACCAAAACGCUGAGUCGCUCGUUAGAGAAAUUGCUGCUCUCAAGGCUCAGCUGCAGCAACAGCAGCGUCAGCAGGAUAGCGCUUUGCAGGAGCUAAAACAAAGAUUUAUUGAGGAAGAGGAGGUGCUGAGAAAGACGUUUAGAGAACAGUUGCAGCAGGAGGCGCGACAACAUGAGUUGGUGCUGCAAAUGCAUGAGAGCGAGCAUAAGGCGGAACUCAGAAAGCACGAGAAUGAGGCCGAAAAGCUCCUGAAGGAAGAAAAGUACAGGGCUGAUACAGCACUUCAACAUGCUAUGGAAGAGCACAACAAGGCACUGGAAAGGCUGAGAGCUUCUCACGCGUUGGAGUUGCAGACUCUUAAGGACAAACAAAGAGUACACGAGAAGCGACACAGGGAACAGGAGCGGGAAAAGUCCAGAACCGAGACGGCGGAGGCAGAAAGGGCUCUUGAUGAGGCCAUCAAUAAUCACAGCAAAGAAAUACAGCUACUGCAGCUGCAGCACGCAAACGAGCUGCAGCAGCUGCGAGCUGCACACGAGGCCACGAUCUGUGAAAUUCGAGCUGAAUAUGAAAGGGCCUUAAUGGAACAACAGCGCAACUCUGCAGCCGAGUCAUCAGCAGCGGCUGCUGCAGCUGAGGAGACGCUGCAUUCUUCCGCACAAGCCUUUGCUGCAAGGCUGAAGGAUGCCGAGCAGGUCUUUAGUCAGAGGCUCCAAGAUGCACGCGAUCACUCAGCAAGAGACCGCGAGGCCCUCAUACAAACGCACAAAGAGCGCCUCGACAGAGUCAUGGCCCGUCUUGCGGAGGCAGAGCAGCAGCAUGUGCAGCAGCAGCAUGCGCAGCAGCAGCAGAUCUUUGCUCUGCGAAGGGAGACGGACGAGCUGCAGAGGCAGAAGCAGCAACAGCAAGAAGAGAUAGCCGAGUUGCGGCACGAAAAGGAUAUGGAAGUCUCCGCCAGAGAUUCUUUGGCGCAGCAGCUUUUUAUGCUGCAGCAGAAGGCAGCGAAGCAGACUACCGAUCGAGCCUGUCAGGCUACGGUGUCCGCUGACGCUGUGGCCUCCCAAGUCGAUCCCCUUGCUUUGCAAUAUCUCAGAGAUUCGGAUAAUUUUCAGCACCAGCAGCAUAAAACGGCGUCUAGCCCGACCACAGCAGCUCUGGGAACGGACGACAAUGCAGGAGGGCCUUCUGCUGCUGCUGGAAUGCUCCAAAGAGACUCAGCCGGGAAUCGUCCCUCUCGCCACGCUUCUACUACAAAGCACCACCACCAGAAACUUGAGGGAGAGGAUGAAAUAUACCUUCGGGCAGACGUGGAGCAGCAGCAAGCCGAUUUGGCUCUCCGCAUUAAUCGUAUCUCAGAAAGAGCCCACGCAAAGCCCUAUGCCUUUCAGCGGACGGCAGCAGCAACAGCCACCAGAGCUGCUGCUGCUACUGAUGGAAGUGACGCCAGGACUUCUGGAAUAGCUGCAGGUUUGCCUGUACCUUCCGAAGCAGCAGUAAAAGCAGCAGUCACAAGGUCCAAAGAGACACACGGACUCUCGACUGGCUCUGCUACUUCCAAGCCCUCGUUUGCUGGAAGAAACAGCAGCAACAGCAGCAGCAGCGCGCAACAUGCUGGGGUGUCAUUGCCUCCAAUCCGAAUAGAAGAGCCGUGUCAUGAGCGAUAUAUUUCCAAUUCUUCUCUUUGCUCAGCUGAUGAGAGCAAGAGAGCCCCAUCAGCAGAAGUGGAACCUGCAAUGGGAGCGUCGCGUCUGCCAUCUCCAUAUUCUCCUGUCUCCCUGUGCGGAUCGCAGUCCUCUCCUCUCUUCCGCGAAAGCUCUAACAGCUCCGAAAGAACCAACAGCGUAAGCAAAGACAGUUCCAGCGGCAGCAAAACCGCAGUUCCACAUCUACUCUGUAUCUUUCGCUCCGUCGCAGCAUAG